AUGAAGAAGUUUUUCCGACCAAAGGAGGCAGGGACCAUCACACCCCUGCCUCCCACCAGUCCUGGAGCAGACAGCUCCUCCUUUGCGACGCCACGGCCCUUUGAGGAGUAUCAGGCGCGGAUCGCGUCACAGGUUGGAGAUUCAAAUCGGCCACUCUCGCUUCAAGUGACUCCUGUAGCCUUGCGUUCAGCACCCGACUCUCCUGGUCGCUCUGAUUUUACGCAAGCAGACUUUGUCACCUCGCAGCAGCCUCACAGUCAGAAGCUCGGCGCCUCGCCUCGGAACAACCGCCCCGCCAUUCACUUUUACGCUACUGCGCCCGCCGACGCUCCGUACGAGUCGUACUCAGAUCCCAUCUCGGCGCCUUCGCAGCCUUUCCGUCCAUCAUAUGAUCGGAACAGUCCCUCCAAUUACGACCCUCCUAUUUCAUCAGCACCGCGACGCGCCAACUCGAAGCGAUCUUCUCAGCAACAGCAGCACCUCCCCGCUCAAAUGACUGCCUUUUUACCGCCUAGAUCGCUACGCCCAGCACAAUCAUCCACUACUCACCGCCGUGACCACUCUUUGAGUAUGGGCGUCGCCUCUGGUGCCGCUUUCCAGAACCAAAAGCACAGCAGCAAUGGCGACCGCAACUCCCUGCAGACGCUCCCGAAUCACUUCACCUCUACUGAUUCUGCUCGCGCGGCGGCACGCGUUAAAAGAUCGGACGAUUCUUACGAGCCUUACUAUGACGACUACGAAGACAGUACAGACGAGCAUACACCAACAGCGAGCGGCGCAGCACGCUCUGAUGCCUAUCCGGUUUACUCGGGCGCAGACGGCGACGUUGAAGCCGGCGAGGUGCUUAUUUCCCAAGGAUGUUACGAGGAGACUACCCUUCGCGAACUGACCAGCAAAGACAAGGGAAAGGGAAAGAAGCUUUUUGGGUUCGCAACAAGCAGCAAUAAAGACAAGAAAGCAAAGCAGGAUCGAGACAUUACCGCUGCUGCGCCAUCGCCGGUACCGAGAGACAGUCGUGAUCCCGACGACAUUCGACGCAAGUCGCCCCCCUUGGAUUCACAUCCUCUCUCUGCCCAGGAGCGCAGCAAAGAAGGCGGCUGGAUGGACCGUUGGAACAAGCGCGCACAUCAGCAGCAAGUAGCACGAUUGCAGGAUAAGGAAGCCGAAGAAGCCGUCGCCUCACGAAUCGGCUGGCUGUCCGCAAAUGCUUGCGACGAUCAGGAUUGGAUGCAGAUGUUACCCCUUAUCGACAUGAUCAGCCAUUCUGAGGCGGCGAGCAAAGAGGCGGCACGAACCCUUCGCAAAGAGUUCCGCUAUGGCACAGUCGACACCCAACGCCGCGCGGUCCGCGUCUGGGCGCUUCUCGCGCUUAAUGCGAGCGACCAUUUUCGUCUGCAGAUCGCGAGUAAGCGCUUCCUCGAGGCCAUUGAGGAUACGAUCGCCUCUUCCAAGACUCCUCUAAGUGUCAAAGAGACUAUGCUAAGGGUGUUGGGUGUGUUGGCGUUCGAGUUCAAGAACGACGCCGAGUUGGCAUCCGUGACCAAGUGCUGGAACAAGGUCAAGCCAAACGACCGACGCAAGGACGGAGAACCACUGGAAAAUGAUCUCUUCGAGUUCAAACUACCACAGCCACGCGCAUCAGCGCAGCAGAUGCAGCAGCCGUCGUCACGUCGCGUCUCGCAGCGCCAUUCGCAGCCGCCCAGACGAGGUGCUGAUUACCACAAUCCGGAUCUUGAUGCCCUAUCACCCCCGCAGCAGCGCCCUGUCACGGCGGAUUCCGCCGAGCAACAGCAAAGACCUCUUUCAGCGACGCUUGCACCACUACAACAGCCUCCUCCAGUACCUGCCUCUCUUCAACCGCAAGCAGCACCACCUCUGCAGCAACAAAAAUGGUCACGGUCCAAUCUCCCAUUGCCUUGCCUCGACUCUCAGACACACCCAACUGUCCCAAACGUGUCGCCGCUGAUGGUUGUGGACCAUCAUGAAAGCGGCAAUGCUACUGAGGUUGUAUCGACGCUCGAAGCAGCAGCCGCUUCCAUGGAUACUCGCUCUGCUUCCAUGCAAAGCGGUGAUUCUUGCUUUUCACCGCACCACGACGUGCUGGCUUUCGACGAAGACGUGCGUCGCUUACACGAAGAGUGCCAAAUCGCACGUAGCAACGCGGCCGUGCUGCUCGAUACACUCUUGCAAGAAGGACUACAUGCCGACACUACGGAGCUUGUGGACGAAUUCUACAUCAAGCUGACACGGUCUCAGGAUCUGAUUGCUUCUCAAAUUGCCUGGGCUUCAGCUCUAGCGGAUCGGUCCAGACUUGGCGCAUCGAUGAAUGAGAAGGAGACGAGAGAAGAAACGUUGCUUGCUGAUCUGUUGGAGACACAUGGCAGGUCGAGCGAGGCGAUCCGUAUGGUGGAAGAUGCGAGGAGGCGGGUCGAAGAGGAGGAGGCCGAGAGAAGGGUGACCGAGAGGAGUAAAGUCGAGGUGAGGUUGGAUCGGUCUGCGCUUGUGCAGGAUAGUGCCACUGGCGAGCUUUACGAUGUGGGUAGUAGAGGAAGAGCGAUGGGAGGGGCGAGGUUAUUGGGAAUACAGGCGUCGGGUUCGAGAUCGCCCUCGCCGAAUGCAUAUGCAUCGCAGCACCAAACGGAUUCGUCUGGCCUGGGUGCAAGUGGCAGAGGCCUGGGUGCGGGCCUCAAUGCGGCCACUUCACCGCUGUCUAACGGUAAAUUUGGUGGUGCCGUGACACCUCGCAUCUCACGCCCGCUACCCGUGCCUCGCUCGGAUCAAUCCUCAGACUCUAACAACAGCACGCAUUCGUUCCACUCUCACCAUCCUAUCGCCAAUAGCCUUUGUGCCUCGAUCCACUCGACCACUUCGUCCACGGCCUCGUCGCACCAUUCGCGCGAUGCGCCUCUCCUUUCGGGGAGGUCGCAGCUACCGCUUGCUCCACCCACGCUCAACAUCGAGACCAAGCCGGCGAAGGACGUGGAUGACGAGGGUGAGGAAGAAGAUGGGGAUGGGUUGCAAACGCCCGUGGUGCCGAGUGAGAAGGCGUUGGGGAAGAGGAGGGCAGUAAGUGUCAGGUACCCUUCGCCGCCGUUGGGAGCGGUACACGGUCAGCGGCAACAGCCACCGCCGCUUCCCCCGCAUCCGACGGCAGCGGCGAGGGGAGAGGUUGUGGACGGUUUCGAUGCCUUACGGCUGUGA